AUGUCCAUCGGGUUUGGAACCGCGACCAGUUCCCCACGUCUCCGUCGCUGCCUUCCUAAGUGUGGACAAUCGGAAAUUUGUUCGAGGACAUCGACCACUCCGGAUGCUUCUGUUGUUGUUGAUGUUGGGACCACUGUUAUUGUCGUCUUUGUAGUGUUCACUACAAAGCACAGCAUGUUCAAAAAGAAAGACAUACCGCCCUUACUGCUUCUGCUCGUCCUUAUUACCCUGGUAAUGGUGACCCUCUCGCAGAUUUUGGUGGUACACAACAGAGGACGCUACGUUAAGGCUAUACGGAAGCUGGCCCUUAGUAGACAUGGAGUUAACGGGGGCGCUGAGGCAGGCCGGAGAAUGAAGAACCCUGUAGCGGAUCACAACUCUCUUUUCGGCAUGAGUUUAGGGAGUCAGAAAUUGCUUAAUGAUAUCUAUGUUAGUCGGAUCGCAUCCCUCAUCAGGUUGGCUUCAAACAUCUCCAAAACGCGUCUAAAUCUACGGGAGGCGGCCGUCACUGCCAGAGGUUUCCACGCUAAUGUGGCUUCACUUUCUUCUUUAUCGUCAUCCUCAUCGUCAUUACAUUCAUCAAUGUUGUCGUCCUCUAAUAAUGACUAUAACACUAAAAAUAACCGUUUGCUAGCAGACGGUGGGUCCCCGCUGUCACACGCUCCCAGGGGCGAAAGGGUCCCACUUAAUCAGCAUCAACAACAACUAUCACUGCAUUUACAGCAAAACCUCUCUUUACACGAUACCCAAUUUCAAAACCGCACGAGUAUGUUACAUGAAUCCACCCCACCAAAAAAAAACCCAAAAAAACCUCCCUAUCUAUUUUUGGCAUUUGAUGUCCCCCACCCCCUGUUAAAUUUACCUUUGACGGGACGCUUCACAUCCCUGACACGCUGUUACCCUCUGCCUACACAUCUGCGAUAUUUCUCUCUAUCUUCAUUUCCAACAUCUGAAUCAAUCAUUCCUUCAAUCCUCCCAUCUCUCUCUCCCCAUCCAUCUAUCGAUUCAAACUUUUUUCCUCCAUUCCAUAUUUUCUUCGUCACUCAUUUUUGUGAUGCUUACCUUUUUACUAGAAGAAAGAUGAAUGAAUACAACGAACCGAAAUGCGGAACAUGGAAAAAACUGUUAAUGAAGAAUGACAACAAGCCCGGGAAACAUUCCCUCCUCUUCUUCUUCCUCUUCUUCUUCUUCUUCCUCUUCUUUCCCUCUUCCUUCUUUCUUUCUCUCCUCUUCUUCUUCUUUCUCUCUCCCCGACCAUUUAUAUCAUUCAAGGUACUGAUAACAUAUUCAACCACCAUCAACUGUGGAAAGACAUAUUUUAUACACACAUGUGAAUCUAUAUCUAUCUAUCUAUCUAUCUAUCUAUCUAUCUAUCUAUCUAUCUAUCGAAAUUACGCACAAUAA